UCUGAACGCAUUCAAUCGUGAACGCAUUUCAACCCUAUUCCGGCAUUGCAAGUUUUGGCGCGAAAGUUGGCCAGAGAUAUCCGUUGACUAAACUAGUGUUGAAUUUGAGAUAAAAGUGCGAUUCUUCGAUACCGAAAGACACGUUUUAAAUGCCUAGGAAAGCAACAAAACGGCGCGCCCAACCCUCUUCCCCGGCCGACCGGUCAUCAUCACCGGCUGUUCAACCUCCAGCAUCGUACGCAGCCCCCCGGGCAUCGAGUCCCAAAGCGCCGAAGCGAAUAAAAAAUGAAAAUGAAUUUGCUCCAGCACCGGAUCUGCGAGCUUCGGAAGAAGAAGGUGUGCUCCUCAGUGUUGGCCAGGGUGACGUAGGUCAGCUUGGCCUUGGGGAGGAUGUGCUGGAGAAAUCACGUCCUGCCGUGAUUCCUCAUUUUUCUGACAUUGUCGGUAUAGCGGCAGGUGGAAUGCACAAUGUGUGCUUAACUAAGAGCGGCAAAUUAUUGUCGUUCGGAUGCAAUGACGAGGGAGCUCUCGGCAGAGAUACAAGCAAAGAGGGGUCAGAGUCCUUACCUGGGUUCGUUCAGCUUCCAGAAAAAGCGGUGCAAAUAAGUGCUGGCGAUUCACAUUCAGCUGCUCUUCUUCAUGAUGGCAGAGUUUUUGCUUGGGGUUCUUUUAGAGAUUCACAUGGAACAAUGGGCCUUACGUCUGGUGGGAAUGAACGAACUCCUGUCGAAAUUCUACCAAAUGUUAAAGUAGUCAAGAUUGCGUCUGGAUCAGACCACCUGGUUAUGCUGACGGAAAAGGGUCACGUGUACACCUGUGGUUGCGCAGAGCAAGGCCAACUUGGAAGAAUUUGUGCAAGGUCCACGGACAGAUACAAUCGCCAUGGAAUAAAACCUCUGCUCACCCCUGGGUUAGUGUCUUUUCACGCUUCAAAAAAUCUAAAGUUUCAAGACAUUUGGGCAGGAUCGUGCUGUACAUUUGCCAAAGAAUAUCAUCGAGGAGAUGUUUACGUAUGCGGAUUAAAUAACUACCACCAAAUUGGUCUCAAUAGCCCUGAGCCUCAUUUCUACCCCAAAGUUUCAAAAACAUUUGGUGGCCGUGCUUGGAGACACAUCAGCAGUGGCCUUCACCACACUGUUGCUCUUGAUGAAACAGGACAGGUAUACGUGCUAGGCAGAAAAGAAUAUGGUAGACUGGGCCUGGGCCCAGAUUGCUCCGAUGUCAAAGAACUCACCCCAGUCCCAGUGUUGCAGCCUUUCAAAUGCCUAGACAUCGCCACGGGUAGCGCUCAAUCUUUUGCAGUCACAGAUGCAGGAGAUUUAUAUGCGUGGGGAAUGGGCAGCAAUGGACAGUUAGGCACAGGGGACGAAGAAGAUGCUGAAGUUCCAACUCUAGUCGUUGGAAAACAACUCAAAGAAAAAAAAGUCCUGCGAGUAGCAGGCGGCGGUCAACACACACUGAUCUUAGCAGUACCAAGUUCAUCGAAAUGAUGUAUCGUUUGGAAUCCGUGGUCCGGUCUAUCUCCGUCAACCCAAUCGAUCAGACUCGAUCAAUUAUGUACACUCACUCACCAUAUUUUGAAUCCCGUGAUUGGAAUAUGUAACUUUGCAGAUUUUAGGCUGAAAAAUAUUGACGGAGGUGACGACCAUAAUAAAAAACUUAAAAAACA